GUGGAGAUGUGGAGAGUCCUUCUGUGCUUCUGUGUUCUUCUCAGACACAAUUCAUCUGAGGAAGUGAUGCUGCUGGACACGACAGAAUCUACCUCAGAACUGGGCUGGAUCACAUACCCGGACACGGGGUGGGACGAAGUCAGCGUCCUGGACGACCGGGGGAGGCUGAUUCGCACAUUCGAGGUGUGCAACGUCAACCAGAAUUCCCGCAUCAGAGACAACUGGCUGGCCACGCCCUUCCUCUACCGCCACGCCGCCCCGCGGGUUUUCGUCACGCUGCGCUUCUCGGUGCGGGACUGUGCCAGCCUGCGGAGCCCCUCGCCCACCUGCAGGGAGACGCUCACCUUGUUCUACAGGCAGGCCGACAGCCAGCGGGAACUGGAGAGGACCUGGGCGGCCGAGCCGUCCGGCGGCGAGAAGGUCACCAGGGAGGGCUGGGUGAAGAUCGACACCAUCGCCGCGGACAAGAGCUUUUCCAAGGUGGAGCCGAGCUCGCCACACCAGUACCAGGACAAGCGAUACAGUCGCGUCAACGUCAAGACGCGCAGCUUGGCCCCGCUCACACGCAACGGAUUCGUCCUGGCGGUGGUGGACAGCGGCGCCUGCGUUUCCCUCAUGGGGGUGUCGGUCUUUUACCGCCGCUGUCCCGCCACCAGCCUCCACUUGGCGUCCUACCCGGCCACACCGUCAGGGGCAGAAGCCACGUCCCUGGUGGCCGUGAACGGGACGUGCGUGACCCACAGCCAGGCCGCGGCGGGCGGGAAGCCUCGCAUGCACUGCAACGCGGAAGGCGAGUGGAUGGUGGCGGUCGGCGGCUGCGUCUGCGACGGCGGCUACCAACCCAACGACAACGGAUCCGCCUGUUUGGCGUGCCCAGUGGGCUACUUCAAGACCGCUUCUGGUUCCGGGCCCUGCUCCACGUGUCCCUCCAACAGUCGGACCAGCAGCGAGGGCUCCAGCGCGUGCGAGUGUCGCAGCAGCUUUUACCGCGCGGCCGGCGAUGCCAACUCCUCGGCUUGCACGAGUCCUCCCUCCGCCCCAGCGUCGCUGUCCUGGGAGUAUGAGAGUGGCGACGGCGGGGUAUCCUUGAGGUGGCGCCCUCCACUGGACAUGGGGGGCCGGGGCGAGGUGUGGUACGGGGUGGUGUGUCGCAUCUGCCCCUCCGCCGCCGUGACCAAUCCGGCGUCUUGCUCCUGGUGCGGCGAGGGCGUCACCUUCAGCCCCACCCAGACUGGCCUCAAGCAGACCAGCGUGACCCUCAACAACCUGCUGACCAGGGUCACAUACCUCAUACAGGUCCAAGCCUUGAAUGAGGUGUCCUCCCUCAGCCCUUUCCCUGCCCGCUACACAAGCAUCAAUUUUACCACGAGCCAAUCAGUUCCCAGUACGGUCCCCAUGAUGCACCAGCUGAGCCGUGCAUCAGACUCCAUCACCUUGUCCUGGCCUCAGCCCGACCGACCCAACGGGGACAUCUUGGAGUAUCAACUGAGAUAUUUUGACAAGGGCUCGGAUGUGGACAGUGCGGUCAGCGUGUACAGCGAGACCAACACGUUGGCCGUCAACUCGCUCAUCCCCGGAUCCAUCUACGCCUUCCAAAUACGAGCGAGGAAUGAGCGAGGCUACAGUCCUUACAGCAACACCAUAUACUUCACCACGUUGCCACUUGAGGAGCAUUCCCAGCAGGUCCAGAACCACCUACCUCUUCUGAUAGGAUCUGUAAUGGGCGGGGCGGCGUUUCUGCUGGUGGUAGCGGCCAUCGUGGUCGUGGUGGUGUUUCGCAGUAAAAGGAGGGAGAGUCCGUACAGCGACAGACUGCAGCGGUACAUCAGCAACAGAGGUGGAGUGAAAUACUAUGUAGACCCCUCCACGUACGAGGACCCGAGCGAGGCGGUCAAAGAAUUUGCCAGAGAGAUAGAUUCCACUCAUCUGAAGAUCGAGGAGGUGAUUGGUGCAGCCCAGUUUGGUGAAGUGUCCCGGGGACGCUAUCGUCCACCAGGCCGCAGGGAGGUCCUGGUUGCCGUCAAGACUUUGCGCUGGGGGGCGUCCGACAGAGAGAAGGGCAUAUUCCUUAGUGAGGCCGGGGUCCUGGGACAGUUUGACCACCCUAACGUGCUGAAGCUGGAUGGCGUGGUAACCCGCGUACCUCCGGCAAGAAUCGUCACGGAGUUCAUGGAGAACGGUCCUUUGGAUUCCUUCCUCAGGGAGAAUGAGGGUCAGUUCAGCAUCCUCCAGCUGGUCGGGAUGCUCCGAGGAGUCGGCGCUGGGAUGCGUUAUCUCUCAGAGAGAAACUUUGUCCACAGGGACUUGGCGGCCAGGAAUGUUCUGGUCAACUCCAACCUGGUGUGCAAGGUGUCCGACUUUGGUUUGUCCCGACUCAUGAGGGGCCUGGACCAAAAUAUGCCGACGUACACAGCCUCGCUGGGAAGUAAGAUUCCUGUGAGGUGGACAGCACCUGAAGCCUUCCAACACCGCAAGUUCAGCUCAGCCAGCGACGUGUGGAGCUUCGGCAUCCUGAUGUGGGAAAUCAUGUCGUACGGAGAACGUCCAUACUGGGACAUGAGUAAUCAGGAAGUAAUGAAGGCAGUAGCGGACCAGUAUCGCCUGCCGGCGCCCACCAGCUGCCCCUCAGCCGUCCACUCUCUCAUGCUGCAGUGCUGGCAGGCCGAGCGAGGCGACCGGCCGGUUUUCGAGUCCAUCCUGUCCUCCUUGGACAGACUCAUUAGGCAUCCCGUGUCACUCAAAGCCGACAUCCCUCGGGGUUGCUCACAGCCACUGCUAAGCCCCACCCCCACAGACUUCUCAUCAGUCGCGACCGUCAGUGAUUGGCUGAGAGCGCUGAGGAUGGAGAGGUACCAGGAUGAGUUUGAGCGAGCACACCUGGACACGCUCGACCGAGUGAGCCGCCUCACCGUGGAGGACAUCCAGAACCUCGGCGUGAACCUGCUGGGCCACCAGAGGAAGAUCUUCAGCGCCGCCCAGCAGCUGAAAGCCCAUCUCAGCCAGGGACAGGUGGAGGUGUGACACCCCCCUCCCCCCCCACAAACCCCCCCCACCCACCACGGAGACAAUCUGCUGAUGUCAGCACAAAAAGACUUGUAGAAGACAAGAUGCACUAUGAGGAGGAGAACUUCUUUCACACUCUCCUCCUUUCUCUAACAUCCCUUUUCUUCCUCCAUCCACAUUCUUU